AUGCCCCUAUUGGUUAGUUCCCAAGCACUUAAGAUUGUUGUAGCUGGAGAUGGAGAAAAUUCUGGUGAUGCUGGUAACCCAUUUACACCAAAAGGUUAUCUAAUUAGAUACUGGAAAAAACAUGUCUCAAAUGACUUACCAAAGCCAUGGUUCCUUCUCAACAAAGCAUCUCCAUUGAAUGCUGCACAAUAUGCAACUUAUACUAAACUUGUUGCUGAUCAAAAUGCACUCACUACACACCUCCAAUCCUUUUGCUCUUCAGCAAAUCUCAUGUGUGCACCAGAUUUGUCACCAAGUCUCGUAAAACACACCGGAGAUAUCCACUUUACCACUUACGGCAACAAAAAUUUCACCAAUUACGGAACCAACGAACCUGGAAUCGGAGUUAACUCCUUCAAAAACUAUUCCAAGGAUGCAUCUGUAAAUUCUUUCAGACGUUACGGUAGAGGUUCUCCCCGUGAUAAUAAAUUUGACAAUUAUGCCCCUGAUGGCAAUGUAAUUGAACAAAGUUUCAAUUCCUAUAGCACAAAUACUCCAGGGGGUUCUGGCCAAUUCACUAAUUACGCCCCAAAUACCAAUGUCCCCGAUCUGCGGUUCACCGCCUAUUCCGAUCAAGGAACAGGCGGGGAGCAAGAAUUCAAAAAUUAUUUAGAACAAGGGAAUUCUGGUGGCCAAUCUUUCAAAAGCUAUGGCAAAAAUGGGAAUGGUGCUGAUAGUAAAUUCACCAGCUAUGGAAACGAAACUAAUGUUGCAGCCUCAACAUUUACAAACUAUGGUCAAAAUGCAAAUGGAGAAAACCAAAAUUUCUUUUCUUAUGGUACUAACGGCAAUAAUCCUCAAAACAAUUUCAACAACUAUGGCGUUGGAGGUAAUGGUCCAUCCGAAACUUUUACUCACUACAGAGAUGAAUCGAAUGUUGGUGAUGACAAGUUCAUUAACUAUGUCAAGGAUGCAAAUGCUGGUGAAGCGAAUUUCACCAACUAUGGUCAAUCAUUCAAUGAAGGUACCGAUGUAUUCACUACUUACGGCAAAGGGGGUAAUGACCCGCGUAUUAAUUUUAAGACUUACGGAGUUAACAACACUUUCAAAGAUUAUGUCAAAGAUACUGCCACAUUUUCCAAUUACCAAAACGAAACUUCCGAUUUAGCUUCGUCGAGUGAGGUUGACGGUCGGAAAAAGGUGAACAAUAACCGGUGGGUUGAGCCAGGAAAGUUUUUCCGGGAGAAGAUGUUGAAGAGUGGUACAAUCAUGCCUAUGCCAGAUAUAAAGGAUAAGAUGCCUAAAAGGUCAUUUUUGCCCCGGGUAAUUGCUGCAAAAUUACCCUUGUCAUACUCAAAAAUUGGUGAGCUGAAGAAAAUUUUCCAUGCCGCCAAUGAUUCUCAGGUGGCAAAGAUGAUCGGAAAUGCUUUGAGCGAGUGUGAAAGAGCACCGAGCGCUGGCGAGACGAAACAGUGUGUUAACUCAGCUGAAGAUAUGAUUGAUUUCGCAACAUCAGUGUUGGGUCGAAAUGUUGUGGUUCAAACAACUGAAAAUACAAAAGGGUCAAAUGGGAAUAUCAUGAUAGGAUCUGUCAACGGAAUCAACGGUGGAAAAGUUACCAAAUCAGUAUCCUGUCAUCAAACCUUGUACCCUUCCUUACUGUAUUACUGUCAUUCGGUUCCUAAAGUUCGAGUCUAUGAAGCUGAUAUUUUGGAUUCGAAUUCAAAGGCUAAGAUCAACCAUGGUGUUGCCAUUUGCCAUGUGGAUACUUCGUCAUGGGGACCUAGUCAUGGAGCCUUCAUUGCACUCGGGUCAGGACCCGGGAAAAUUGAGGUUUGCCACUGGAUCUUUGAAAACGAUAUGACUUGGACAAUUGCUGAUUAA